GCAAUGAGCUGCGCCCGGGUCAUGGCGUCCGGCUCCCUGUGGCGGCUGCGCGCGGGCGCCCCACGGAGGUCUCUCUCAGCUUGUGGAAGAAGGAUCAGUGUCAGAUUUUGCAGCUCAGGAAUGACUUUAGACAACAUCAAUCGGGCAGCUGUGGAUCGAAUUAUCCGGGUGGAUCAUGCCGGUGAAUAUGGAGCGAACCGCAUCUAUGCAGGGCAGAUGGCCGUCCUGGGUCGCACAAGUGUCGGGCCUGUCAUUCAGAAAAUGUGGGAUCAAGAAAAGGACCACUUGAAAAAGUUCAGUGAAUUGAUGGUUACAUUCAGGGUCCGACCGACGGUUUUGAUGCCCCUUUGGAACGUGGCGGGGUUUUUGCUAGGUGCAGGAACCGCCCUGCUUGGGAGGGAGGGAGCGAUGGCCUGUACUGUGGCUGUGGAAGAGUCCAUAGCACAUCACUACAACAACCAGAUCAGGACAUUGAUGGAGGAGGAUCCUGAAAAAUAUGAGGAGCUUCUUCAGGUGAUAAAGAAAUUUAGAGAUGAAGAGCUUGAGCACCAUGACAUAGGCCUUGAGCAUGACGCAGAACUGGCUCCAGCAUACGCCGUUUUGAAGAAGGUUAUCCAGGCUGGAUGCAGUGUGGCGAUAUACUUAUCAGAAAGAGUUUAAGGAUUACUCACUCUCGGGGAAGCCAGCUGCCAUGAGAUGAGAACACUCAGGCGGUUACUCUGUGGAGAGGGUCACAUGGCCAAGAACUGAGGCUCCCUGCCUACAGCAUCUUGGAAGUGACAUCUUGUGUGACAUCUUGGAAGUGAAUCCAUCAGCCCCAGUCAAGCCUUCAGAUGACUGCAGCCAACAUCUUGACUGCAGCCUCAUGAGAGAUCCAGAGCCAGAAUCACCUACCACUCAGCUAAGCCAGUCCUGAAUUCCUGACUUUCAGCAACUGUGUUAGAUAAUAAAUGUUUGUUUUCAGCUGCAGAGUUCUGGGCUGCUUUGCUAAAAAAGCAAUAGAUAAUAACCAGUGCCCAACACUUGCAGGUGAUUUGGAAGCACAGUAAAGUUUGAGAAGCAUUGAACUAGACCACGAACUAGAAGGCAGAGACCGUCUGAAUCCUUUCCAUAUCUUCAGAGCCCAGCACAGUGUUUGACACUCAGUAAAUUUUUCUUAGACUAAAUACAAAGUUAAAUUGCCCUGUUUUUAAAAAAAAUUAAAACUUUUUUGUAAUAAAUGUGUGUAUAUGUAUGUAUACAUGGUGAAAUACUCCAGCAAUGCUAAAGCAUAUUUACAGUGACAGAUAAAUCUCCCUGUAGACUGCUUGUUGAUUAACAGGAAAACUGACUACUUGCUUUACUUUGUGAUUAACUAUUAGCAAUCUGCCACAUAAGACAAUACAAUUUUUCUUUCUUUUUUUUUCCCUUCCAAAAGUAAUGCUUGCUUCAGAAUCAAACAACAUGAACUGCAUA